UCUGUUCUAUAAAAACCCAUCUCUUCCUUGUUUCGCUCUCAACCCAUUAUUCUUCCUCCUCUCUUUGACGCAAGCAACCAAACCCGCAUCUCUCUCUCGCUCGCUCCGAUCUCCCUUCGAUUACACUCCCCACCUUCAUCGGUUUCAACUCUUUCUCGAACACCUCGCCAUGGAACAAAACUUCUUUGAGCCUCAGGGACACUUUGAGUCAGAUGGAGAUGUUUCGGUCAAGAAGUGGAAAUCAAUGUCAGCCCCUACUACAGUCUCGGACAAUGAUAGUGGCUGCUUUGAGUGCAACAUAUGCUUUGAUUCAGCACAUGAACCAGUGGUGACACUCUGUGGUCACCUGUACUGCUGGCCUUGCAUUUACAAAUGGCUUCAGGUCCCGAGUGCUUCUGAUGAACCAAACCAGCUGCAGCAAACCUGUCCUGUCUGUAAGGCUAACAUUUCCCCAUCCUCAGUGGUUCCCCUCUAUGGCCGUGGUGCAGGUUCAAAAGGAAAGAAACCCAAUUUGGAUCUGGUCGUACCACGUAGACCACCACCUAGGUUGGACACUUUGAUUACAUCUACUAGCCCUACAUCACCUUCAAGACAGCAACUUCAUUCAAAUUAUUUCCAUGCACAAACACAUCCAGAGUCAGUUUAUGAUCAAUACAGCCCUUAUGGAGGUUAUGCCACAAAUUCAGAAUCAGCUUAUCUUGGCAGUACGAUGUUGACACAUUUAUCCAAUCCAACGAUAGGAAUGGUUGGAGAGUUUGUGUUUGCAAGGAUGUUUGGCAGCUCAGACACAAAUUUGUUUACUUAUCCUUAUCUGAAUUCAUACCCGCCCAGCAGUCCUAGGAUGAGAAGACAGGAAGUUCAGCUUGACAAAUCUCUUAAUAGAGUCACCAUCUUUCUUUUCUGCUGCUUUAUUUUGUGUCUUCUCUUGUUCUGAAGUCUGAACAUAUUCUUUGGUAGAUUUGCUGUUGUACAGUUGUAAGAAAUGGCCGUCCCUAUAGAUUAGACAUGCUGUUAGAGAUUUUGCACGAAGGACUCUUGUAUUAUCGAGACAUCUGUACAUAAAAUUUCUAAUGCUAAAUUGGUUCAUUUUUUUUUUCCUUAUUAA